AUGUUCACUCUCAUCUACCGAGAGAACGCUGACAUCGUUCUACACGUGAGUUAUCUCCUCCUAGACCUGGCCGUGCCCUACUUUACGUUCCUCGUCACCAUCGUCUCCACUAUCAUCAUUGUUGUCCAGUUGAGGAGCAAGGCCAAGUGGAGGUCAGCUGUGGUCAGCGGGCAAAGCCAGUCGGAGAAAAGUGACGCUCUUCUGAAAGAGAAGAGGACAUCGGUCAUGCUGGUCACUGUCUCCCUUAUCUUCAUCGUCUGCUUAAUUCCCCACUCGGCUGUUCUGACAGCGCUCAGUUUUGUCAGAGAGUUGAAGCUAGGUGGCGCUUACUUUAACAUCGCGUUCUUGUGUUACACUUUCACGUUUCUGAUGGAGACCAUCAACUGUAGUGUUAGUAUUCUGGUCUACUAUAAGAUGAGCACCAAGUUCAGAACCACGGCUCAAGAGAUGCUGAAAAGUGAAUUUGACACAGUGACUUUUGACACAGUGACUUUUGACACAGUUACUUUUGACACAGUGACUUUUGACACCACAGGGACUUUUGACACCACAAGGACUUUUGACACAGUGACUUGA